AUGUCGUACGCAUCCAUCGCAGCCGAAAACGCGCCGCCCAAGUCGCAGCAGCCCAAGCCCGACCCCGGCUACCUCGAAGGUCAGACUGCCAGCGACGACGUCAACACCGCCGCUCCCGACGUCAACUCGGGCAAGGUCAACGUCGUUCCCGCCGACACUGACCUCGAACACCUCAAGACCGAAUCCCAAGAAGCCUACGACGAAGCCGUUGCAAAGGCGCGCGAGCAGCGCAAGCAGCUCGAAGCCGAUGCCAAGAAGGCCUCCGAUUCCGCACAGAAGACGGCCAACGAUGCCAAGAAGGCUGGAAAGGAUGCUGCUGAGGACGCCAAGAAGGCUGGAAAGGACUUUGCCAACGAAGCCUCGAAAGUCGGUAAAGACGCUGCCGACAAGGCCGACAAGUUCAGCAAGGAUGCCAGCGCCGAAGCCGACAAGUUUGCCAAGAACGCACGCGCCGAAGCUGAAAAAGCCAGCCAGAAGGCCGGAGAGUACUACGAGAAGGGCAAGAAGGAGCUCUCCAAGGACGCCGAGGUGUUGAGGAAGAGGGGUGAGGAGGGCGCAAAGGCGCUCAAGAAGAAGGCCGGUGAGGCCGAGAAGGAGCUCGAGAGCUUCUGGCAGUCGUUCUCGUCCGAUCCCAAGCAGUGGGGUCCCACCCUGGCUGCCGUCAACGUCGCACUCCUCGGCGGUCUCGGCAUCUACGCGUACACCCACAAAGAGCAGGUCCAGCGCACCGACCGUCGUCUGAUCAGCGCCAUCACCGUCGGCGUGCUCGGCCUGAUCGGCGGUCAGGGCUACUGGGCCAACGAGACGGCCAAGAAGCAGGGGUCGGGAUACUAA